GUCUGUGGUGAAAUGACAACAGUGGUUUCUGUUGGAGAAUCGAGUCGCAAUAGGAUCCAAAUACUUGACUUAAAUUGAUGUUUGUUUCACGGGUUUUUGUUCAGUAACAGCUAUAUUUCGUGCUUUAAUAGAAAUCCCUUCAAUACGUGUUGAUAGUUCAUGUGUGAGACUGUCAAAUACCGUUUUUGUGCUAAUCAGCCGUGUUAGCUGAUAGCUAGCUAUCCAGUUUUUGUUGACAGCACUCCUCUGGCCCUGGCUGGUAUUAGCCGGGGACCAGGGAAGUAAAAUUGUUAACGUUUGUUUAAACAUUGAACUAAGGAUUUUACUUUUUCCUGAUUACUUUUCGACGUUUCCAUAAAGCAAUCAUGGCUGUCGUCAAUGAAGGUGCGCUGAAGAAGAUGUUGAAGCAAUACAAGUACAGGGACUUGACUGUCCGGGAAAUAACGAAUGUAAUCUCACAGUACAAGGACCUGAAGCCUGUGAUGGAUGCCUAUGUGUUCAACGAUGGCUCCUCCAGAGAUCUGAUGAGCUUGACAGGAACAGUGCCGGUCAGCUACAGAGGUAAUGUGUACAACAUCCCGGUGUGUCUGUGGCUGCUGGACACGUACCCUUACAACCCUCCCAUCUGCUUUGUCAAGCCCACCAGCACCAUGAUGAUCAAGACGGGCAAACACAUCGACGCCAACGGGAAGAUCUACCUGCCCUACCUGCAUGAGUGGAAACAUCCCCAGUCGGACCUGUACGGUCUGAUCCAGGUGAUGAUUGUGGUGUUUGGUGAGGAGCCUCCAGUGUUUUCUCGGCCCACUACUCAGCCCCCAUACCAGGCCUUCCAGGCAACAGGGCCUCCCAACCAGUCUUACAUGCCUGGCAUGCCAGCUGUGUCUCCCUACGGACCAAACCCAAAUCCAGGUGGGUAUCCUGGUUACCCGUACCCUGGUGGCUCUUCUUACCCCUCCGCUGGUGGCCCCGGCCACUAUGGCCCCCAGACACCUGGGCCUGCUGUGGGCCCAAACCGUGACGGCACCAUUGGCGAGGACACCAUCCGGGCAUCGCUGGUGUCAGCGGUGAGCGACAAGCUGCGCUGGCGCAUGAAGGAGGAGAUGGACCGCGCUCAGGCCGAGCUGGACGCCCUGAAGAGGACCGAGGAGGACCUGAAGAAGGGUCACCAGAAGCUGGAGGAGAUGGUCUCACGCCUGGACCAGGAAGUGGCUGAGGUGGACCGGAACAUAGAGCUCUUGAAGAAGAAGGAUGAGGAGCUGAGCGAAGCUCUGGAGAAAAUGGAGAACCAGUCGGAGAACAACGACAUUGACGAUGUGAUUGUGCCGACGGCACCCCUCUACAAGCAGAUCCUCAACCUGUACGCUGAGGAGAAUGCCAUCGAGGACACCAUAUUCUACUUAGGAGAGGCGCUGCGGCGCGGAGUCAUCGACCUCGAGGUCUUCUUGAAGCACGUGCGCCUGCUCUCCCGUAAGCAGUUCCAGUUGCGUGCACUGAUGCAGAAAGCCCGCAAGACCGCGGGACUGAGUGACCUCUACUGACCUGGCAGGCAAGCCAGCCUUGCUUUGCACUCCGUGUACCCUCUUCCCUCUGCUUCCCUAUGUUGUCUUUCCUUCUUUUUUAUUUAAAAAGGGGAAAUGUCUGGUAGCUUUCUCUCUCCCUCUUCCCCUGUUUUCCCUCUAUCCAUAGCUGUGGUUGGGGGAUGAACCCCCCCCACUCAUGUGAGUUGCCAUAUUGGUGUCUUCACAUCUGGACAUGACAUACUGAAGUAUCUGAAACUACAGAGAUAAGGGGCUGUGAAUUCCUCUUUUUAACGAGACACUGGACUAUUUAAAAGACGAAUGACUCAUAUCUUUGCUCUUAUGUGAUUUUUUAGAGCAUGGUGAUGCUAUUGGUUUCCUCUUUGGACCCAACUGAAGAUUAGAUGAGGGUCUCUUUUGUCCCAAAUCUAGCAACCCUUUCAGACUGCAUUAUUGGCCCAUAAUAGUGGUUCUAAUCAGCCAAGUAGCUUUGUUGGCUAUGUAUAAUUUCACAAAUUAUGAUGUAAUAUGUUGAGACGUGACGUGUGAGUUCAGCAGCAAAACCAGUCCUAUACACUCCAGAUCUGCAAGUUUAGACUUCCGGGAUCAAACAAUAAGACUGAUGACUGUUAGGUGAUUUAUUUUUUUCCGUUCGAACAGUGACUCAGCGAAUCAAGGUGGUUCCACAAAUGCGGCAGUACUUAAGCAUUUCAAUUCUGAUCAUCCCAACUCAGGUUAAUUAAAAUCUGAAGGUAAUUUUAGUAAUUUACUCCCUGCAAAUGUUUUGUUCCCACCUCAAUUUUUUUUUCUUUAAAAGGGUUAGUGAAUUUUAUACUGCGUCAUUUCAAAUUUACAGUGGGUACAAAUUGUUAGUUUAUAUAUAUUUAUAUAUGGCAGAAUAGUUUUGUUUUUCUCUUCAUGCACUUUGAGUUUUACAGUUGUAGGACAUUCGUCAGUGUGAUCUGUGUCUGAGCGGAUGUCUUUGGUUGUUUGAUUAUUGUUUUGAAACAGCUAUAGUAAUAAAUAUCAGUGAAACAUAAAUGUUGUGUUGUUCUUUGGGGAUCUAUACCACAUCUAGCUUGAACCAGCAUCUAGCUACACUGCAUAUAUACCACAAGUUUCUCAUGUUUAUAUGUAGCAAGUAACAUUGGGCCAAAGUGUAGAAUACAUUUUAAUCCAACCAGUCAAUUCCAUCAGGGCAAUUGACGUAUAUAUUAUGUUAAUGGGUGACUUCAUGAGCCUUUUCAUAUUGGUGUCUCAUGUGCACAAAAAAUAUGGAAACAUGGGAUUUUAGUAGUCAUUGUACUGGAAGUUUAUUUGUUGUCCAAAUCGAACAGAGGUGUACCUAACCAGUCUGCCACAAAAUGCAGAACAAGUAUACGGCUGUCUAGGUUCACCAGUCAAAACUGCCAUCAGAUACCCCAACAUGGCAUCAGAGGCAUUGGAGCAACAGUACCGUACUCGUUUUUUCCAUUAAGUUCUUAGAAUCUUGUUUACACAAGCAGAAGAUGACCUUCAGCCAAACGGACAAGGUAAACAUUUACACAAAUUGCUAAUGACAUCGGCUCUUUGUCUCUUUUUUUAAUAUUUAACACAGUGCAUACGUACAUACUUGAGGUGAGCUCUAACAAUUCAAGUCCCCUUGGUAUGACAGAAAGCCAUGGCUUCACCUGGGUUGUCUCCUGUACUUCAGCCUUUUGUUUUCUUUUUUCAGUAACCGUCAAUGUCCAAAGCUUUUUAUAAUGAUGGUCAGACUUCCUCGCAGUCAUAUAUCAAUGCACUUGUGGUUUGCUUCUAGUACAGCAGAGUGCACUUUUGUUUCAAGCCUUUUUGUAGAGGUCAGAGGCAGAGAUGGGAGUUGUUUGCAUUCGAGGUACAGUAACUGAAUCUCAGAUGCUUCCAGAAGAUGGAUCGCCAUGGGCAUCGUAGAGCGUCAGCCUUAACGACCAAAAGAGUAUGGAAUGAUUUGCCGAGCUCAAAGAAAGACAACAUGGACACCGACGAGGAGCAAUACUUAAUACUAUACAUAACUCUCCAGCACACACAAACCUCUCAAGGCGUUCCCUUAUAAGCUUUUUUAACCCAAUGUGGCAUGGAGUGUGAGGAAGACAAAGUGCAACACAUAGUA